AUGGCACAGCCAGUCUUGUCUCUCGGCGAGACUGCAAAUGAUCAAAUUACGAAUAAUCAGUUUCGCGACGGGACUCGGAUACACCAGGGACACAACAACACCACGCUCAAUCUCCAUCUGCCCCACCGCCCGGCCCGAGCCGCCAUUCGUCUCAUUCCAUAUCCACGCAACGAGGAUCUUGUCCAUCGCCCAGAUCUCGUGGAUAAGCUCAAUAUACUCCUGCCAUACCCAUCAGAUAUAUCCCACAGUGCUGCGCUCUGGGGCCUGGGCGGCUCAGGAAAAACACAAAUCGCGCUCAGCUAUGCGUACCAGCGGUGCGCCGACGCCAGCUGCUCCGUCUUGUGGGUGCACGCCGAUACCGAGGCAACAUUUUCGCAGGAUUAUAAGAGUAUCGCGCGGAAGCUUCAAAUCAAUAACAGCAGGCUGAGCGACGAAGAUCUCCUCGAGGCUGUGCGCGACGGUAUCGCGGCAUUAUCCAACUGGGUGCUCAUUAUCGACAAUGCUGAUGAUUUGAGAUUAUUCGGCGUUGGGCAAAUAGCUGAAGAAACGAAGACUCUAUUUCAGUAUAUACCUCAUGCAUCUACAGGCACGGUGUUGUGGACAACUCGGGAUGCCCAUAUUACGGGUACGCUUGUUGGCCAGCGUCAGGGCAUCGAGGUCGCACGCAUGACAUUCGACGAGGCAAAACAACUACUUCUGACAUUCGGAAGCGCAGAACCAAGUAUAGAAGAAGCCGAGAUUGAUUCCUUAGUGGAGGAAUUACAGUUGCUUCCAUUGGCCAUUAUGCAAGCCAGAGUAUACAUGCAACGGACAUCAACAACACCUAAAGAGUACCUGUCUCUGCUUGCACAACACAAGAAAAGGUGGAUAAUCCUAAAUGUCAACGAAUUCAAUAGGCAUAGAAGACCCAGGGUGCCUAACAACGUACUCGAAACGUGGACCAUUUCUAUGACCCGCAUCAGGCAAGAGAGCGAGAACGCAUACAACGUCCUUCAUGUUAUCGCCUACGUUAGCAACGAAAACAUCCCACAUGAGGUAAUAACGACCGCACUCAAACAUCUUGAUAACUGCCUAAAAGAUGAUUCAGAGGAGUUAGAAUCCGAAGCUGUCAAAAUUAUCACACGGCUGAAGGAGUUCUCUUUUAUUGGCAUACGCAAAGGGGAAGGCGAUGGAAGAAACUAUGAGAUGCAUAAACUCGUACAAGAGGCUAUACGAUACGGCUUGAGUAUGGGGAAAUCAGGUACAAUCAACGAACAUGAAGUCAACCGCAGCAACGUGUCUGGGAAGGAGACAGCGAUGCAAACAAGUCAACACAGACAGCUCGUUGAAUUAGCGGGCAUGAGCAAUGAUGAGCAUAUAGCCGACGAAAAAUAUUUCUCGAGUAUCGCUCUGCAAACCACAGCAGAUCUUUUUCCAAACUCACAACAAGAUACCUGGAAACAAUGCGAGAAAUUUUUAGCACACGUGUUACAAAUCGGAGAGUGGGCAGAUGUGAACGAGAAGCAGAUCGAGACGGCACAGCUACUCUCCAAGGCAUCUUCCUUUCUCCGGGACCGUGGAAGAUGGAGAGAGAAAGGGCAUGUGGAUGAAAAAACACUACAUUAUAGAGAAAAAAAGUUAGGAAAUACACAUCUGGACACAAUUAAAGCUAUAGCAGAACUUGCCGUAACAUACUAUGAGCAAGGCCGCUAUAGCGAGGCAGAGCGUCUUGAGAUUCAAGUGCUAGAUCUUCGCCGAGAGAUUCUUGGAGAUACACAUCUGGAUACAAUCCAAGCUAUAUUAAACCUUGCAAUAACAUACCAUAAGCAAGGCCGCUAUAGCGAGGCAGAGCGUCUUGAGAUUCAAGUGCUAGAUCUUCGCCGAGAGAUUCUUGGAGAUACACAUCUGGAUACAAUCCAAGCUAUAUUAAACCUUGCAAUAACAUAUGAUAAGCAAGGCCGCUAUAGCGAGGCAGAGCGUCUUGAGAUUCAAGUACUGGAUAUCCGUCGAGAUAUCCUUGGAGACAAGCAUCCAGAUACAAUUGACGCUAUAUCAAACCUUGCAUCAACCUAUUAUAUACAAGGCAGGUAUAGCGAGGCAGAGCAUCUUGAGCUUCAAGUGCUAGAUCUCCGUCGAGAUAUUUUUGGAGACAAGCAUCCAGAUACAAUUGACGCUAUAUCAAACCUUGCAUCAACCUAUUAUAUACAAGGCAGGUAUAGCGAGGCAGAGCAUCUUGAGCUUCAAGUGCUAGAUCUCCGUCGAGAUAUUUUUGGAGACAAGCAUCCAGAUACAAUUGACGCUAUAUCAAACCUUGCAUUAACCUAUUAUAUACAAGGCAGGUAUAGUGAAGCAGAGCUUCUUGAUGUUCAGGUACUGGAUAUUCGCCGAGAAAUUUUAGGCAACAAGCAUCCAGAUACAAUCCGAGCCAUGUACUACCUCGCUGGGAGUUGGUACGUGACCAACCGCCAUGAGGAUGCAAUUGCAUUGAUGCAACAGGCUUUAGGUUAUAGCCGCUCUACAUUAGGGCCAGAUCAUCCCCUGAUUGGGGAUAUUUCCAAGUCUCUUCACCAAUUUGAAUCAUAA